CCCAGACGUAAAAUAUUCUCGUGACCAGUUUACGGUGUGGAUUCAAUACGAGAAGGAGGUUUGAGCAGACGAAAAGAGUGAAAAUGCGGUACUUUUUGAUUGCUGCUGUGAUUUUCAGUUUCUUCGACUUUUCUCAGGCCAAGAUCCGAUGUUUUGACACAAUAACACAGAUGGUCUACUUUGACAUCGGUAUUGGUCCAAAUCGGCCAUGGAACCCACAGCAGCCUCAAAUUAGAAAUCCUGCGGCUCAGAAUACAAGUCGUAUUGUUAUUGGUCUAUUUGGAGAUACAGUUCCAAUAACAACCAGAAAUUUUGUUACUCUGGCAACCGGAGAAUAUGGAUUUGGCUAUGAAGGCAGCAAGAUACACAGGGUUGUCAAAAACUUCAUCAUUCAAGGAGGAGAUUUUGAAAAUGGAGAUGGGACAGGAGGGAAAAGUAUCUAUGUUGGAGACAGCUUUCUGGAUGAAAACUUUGAUUUGAAGCACUAUGGUCCUGGCUUUGUUAGCAUGGCCAAUGCAGGUCCAAACACAAAUAAAUCUCAAUUCUUCAUCCAAAUGGCUAACCAUGGCAAUGCCACGCAUUUAGAUGGAAUUCACGUAGUGUUUGGAAAAAUUUUGGAUGGUAUGGAUACAGUUCGUAAAAUCAACGAACUACCUGUGGACCAAACUUCUAGGCCUCUUCAAGAUGUUACCAUUGUCAAAAGUGGAAUCCUGCAUCAAGAAUAUGAGGUCUUUACAGAGAUGAUACCCAGCAGAUAAAUUAUGAUAUGGAGGACCAAUCUACUCCAGGACAUUUUGAAAUCUCUGUACAUAAGGUCAUUUUGAUCUGGUAAGCAGUCUAUUGAUAAAGAAUCUGAACAUGUGGGAGGAAACUUAUAUUGGGACAUUUGAAUUUACUUAAGAUAUCUAAGACGUAUAUCGUACUUAAGAUGUAUAAACAUAUAUGUAUAUGUAAAGUACAUUUGUUUUCUGAAGCCCCAUAUUGGAAUACCUUUAGAAAGAAGAACAACUUCUUCUUUUUUCUUAAAAUUGUUUUUUUUAAUUUUUAAAAUUGUUUAACAUGAAAUUCAUUUCAUUACAUGAAAUGCAUUGUCUUGCUGAAAAGAUUAUGAACAAUGACAUUCUUAAAACCAAUGCUGGAACAUUUGCAAGAAAAAACUGUCCACUUCUUAUCAAGAUACAAAUUGAUAUGUAAAUGUAUGAUUUUCUUCUGCAGAAUUAAAUAAUGAUAUGAAUUGAAGAAUGCAUAUUUCUGAAGACUGAAAAAACUAUCAUAUCAUAAUUCUUUUAUAACUGUUUUUGGAAUACUUUAAUAUUUUGUGCAAAAAUGCUACUCCAUAUGCAUUACAGAUAUGCAAAUUUUUAUACACUGUUCAAACCUAAAUGUAAAUUAAAAUUCAAAACAAAGACUUGUUAAAAACAUAGACAAAUAUGUUCUGUAAAACUUCUCUUGAGUUGUUUUGAUUAAUUUUACUUAUCUUCAUGCAAAUACAGUCAGUAUUCUUGCUAGACAUAACAUUUUGACUGUGUGUAUAUACAUGUACUUCUAUAUAUUUGUUAUUUGUUUUUCACAUUUGGAACAAAAUAUGGCUCAACUUGAUAGGAUAUUGUUGUAAUUUUUUAUGGUGGAGUUUGUAUUGAACGAAUAAUUUUUACUACAAUGAACUGUUUCUUUAAAAGAAAGUAAGAUUUUUACAGGACUGCAGUCUUUCAUAUAUUGUCAUGUAUUUUUAAGGAGCACUAUAUUUAGAACUUGGAUUUACUUUUCAAUUGAUUAACAUUUCUAUUAGUUUGGUGAUAUACUUAAUUUUUAGCGUUUGCAAAAGUUUGUAAUGACCAAGAUUCUGUUGUGAAUUUUUAUGGGCUUGUCUUUUAGACAGGACAUAUUAUGUUAUGGCGCUGUUCAUGCAUCCAUCUGGCUGGCUGUACAGCUUUUAAGUUUGGUCACAACUUCUCCCUCAAGAAGCGUUAGAAUGAGUUUGCUUUUCAGCUGGAUUGGUGCACCGUGAUUUACUUUAUAGCUAAAAGUAGGUCAAACAGUUUUCCCAAACUUUUUCUUUCCAUUAAGGAUACAAAUAUUGCCAAGAAAUUUAGUCACAAGCUUCCUCUUUGAGAAACACAAGUUCAGUUUGCAUUUCAGGUGGAUUGGUCUGUGACCUACCUUAGUGCUAAAAGUAGGUCAAAUAGUUUUCCGUACUUUUUUUCAUUACGGAUGCAGAUAUUGCCUUGAAUUAAGUCACAAGCUUCCUCUCGGAGGAAUACAAGUUCAAGUCACAUUUCAGCUGGAUUGGUGCACCAUGACCUAAUUUAGGGCUAAAGUUAAGUAGGUCAAAUAGUUUUCCAGAUAUUUUUUUUUCAGAAGGGAUAUAAGUUUUGUCACAACCUCCCUCUCAGAGAAAUACAUAAGCAGUUCACAUUUCAACUUGAUUGGUGCACCGUGACCUAAUUUAGGACUAAAUGUAGGUCAAACAGUUUCCUGGACUUUGUUUCUUAUGAAUACAGAUAUCGCCACCCCCCUCUUGGAGAAAUACACAAUCAUUUCACCUGUCCGAUAGAUUGGUGCACCAUGACCUACUUUAAGGCUUUUCUAUUCAGAAUGUGUGUGAUAUCAAUUCAGAGUGCAUAAUAUAAUGUGCUAACAGGUUGAAUUUCACUGUCUGAUGGGCGUAUGUUGUACCAUUUGCGGUACUCUUGGUUGUUGGGGGGGGGGGGGGGGGGGGGGGGCUUUUUUACAAUUAAACUUUAGGUGCUAAUAUUAACGUAAUGCAUUCUUGGUGAAAAUUUUUAUUGUAAUAGCAUGCUUUUAAUAUGUAAAUAUUCAAAACAUUUUCAUACAGAAAUGCUGCAAUGUACAAAUGCAGCUUUCUUCUGCAAAAAUGUGCCAAACACAUAGAUUGAAUUUUGAAACCAUACACAGUAUUUUCAUGGCUUUCGUAUGAUCUGUUUAAACCACAUUUAUGUAAAUGAUGAUUUUGAAGACUCAUGAUUUAUGAAAGAGGGUUGUAUAAAUUGACACUAAAAAAAAAUUUAUUCAUUGCUAUGAAUUAACAUGCACAUGUAUAGAUUUUUCUGUUUGCAUUCAUUAAUUUACUCUAUUCACUUUGUUAACCAUGAAUUGAUAGAGUUGUAAUAAAAAAAACUGAGAUUACAUUCAUUUCAUGUGUAUUAAAUUAACAAGUAAAAAUGAUAUGGCUUCAAAUAGUCUCUGCUUUAAAUAGUUCAUUUGAUUUAUACUGUAACAUAAAGAAAUGAUUGUAUCAUUAGAUCAAAUUGUAUUGCUAAAUUACUUGAUUAUGGAAGAUGACCUUAUUUAUUGUAUGACUUUUAUCCAUAUUAAAAAUACAAGUAUU